AAAAAAUCCCCAUGGCAAGUUGUUUUCAGGCAGAAAAGAAGCGGCAGAAAAAGCAAUUCUUCGUCUCUGAAGAAGAAGAAGAAGAAGAAGUUAUUUUGAAGAAGAGUAUUUCGAGUCACGUUUUGUUUGGCCUCUUGAUUCAGACCCACUUGAACUGUUUGAAGGUGGGUUUAGGUGAACUUGGAGAGUUUGGCACAACAAAUACAGCAAACGAUCAACCUACUUUUACUCCCAAACCUACCAUUCCACCCUCUUCUGAACUUGAUCGUUUCAUGGAAGCAUACUGCAAUAUGCUUGGGAAGCUGAAAGAAGCUAUAGAGGAGCCACUGCAAGAGACAACAUCUUUCAUUGAUGCUAUGUACAUUCAACUUAGGGACCUCCGCGAAACGCACCCAAUAAAUAAUUCCAACCCCAACUCUCCAUGAGGCCCAUUACUUGUGAGCUGGGCCUAUUUUUGAUCCAUUCUUGGGUAUUUUAAGAGGGCCCCUGCCA